AUGGACGGGCAGCCCCCGGCCGGCCCCGCCGCGCCGCGCUGGAGGCGGCGAGCGACCCCCCGGCCGCAGCCCCUCGCCUGGAGCAAGCCGCGGCCGCAGUCGUACCAGAGCCCCAGCGGACUGCUCGUCACCGACUUCCCCGUGGAGGACAGGUGCGCCGUGCCCGGGACUCGGCCCGCCGGCACCGGCAGCCCCUCCGUGGGAUCGGUGUCCGACGGGACCGUGCGGCCGCCGGGCUCCCCCGCGCUGUCCCGGGAGCUCGCCCUGGCUCCGGACGGCCCCGUCGGUUCGACCGCCGGCGGCACCGUGUCCCCGCCGGGCAGCGGGCAGGGCCGCCGGCCGCCCGCGCUGGCCCCGCAGCGGGAGCGGAUCGCGUUCGGAGCCGGCGCCCGGCCCGCUCCGUGCCCCCGGGCUGCCGAGCCCCCGGAGGUGCCGGGCGGAUCCCCCGGGAGCGGCCGGGCGGGCGCGGAGCCCCCCGCGCUGCUGAGCGCGCCCGGCCCCGCGGCGCGCAGGGCGGGCUCGCAGCAGCUGAUCCCCCGCAGCCUGGCCGAGAGCCGGCCCGCGGGCCACGAGCGGGGCCUCAAGGUGCGCAGCCUGGUGGAGACCCCCCGGCUGCCCCUGGGCAGCGACCCCGAGGACGAGCCCGAGGGCGGGCCGGGCGCGCUGCGGCGCGGGCUGCGCUCCACGUCCUACCGCCGGGCCGUGGUGAGCGGCGUGGACCUGGACGGCUCCGCCAACUGCAAGAAGAAAAACAGAAUGUCCCAACCCAUCCUGAAGGCGGUGGUUGAAGAUAAAGAGAAGUUCUCGAGCCUGGGGAGGAUAAAGAAGAUGCUGAAAGGACAAGGGAUGUUCGAUGGGGAAGAGAAUAAUGUAUUGUAUCAGAACUAUAAGGAAAAAGCUCUGGACAUAGAUUCUGAUGAAGAGUCUGAGCCCCAAGAGCAGAAGUUGGAUGACAAGGUUGUUUUUCACUAUAAGCCCCUGAGGUCGACGUGGAGCCAGCUCUCUGUGGUGAAGAAGAAUGGACUGUCAGAAGCCAUCAGCCAGGAGGAAAGGAAAAGACAGGAGGCAAUAUUUGAGGUGAUAUCUUCUGAGCACUCCUAUUUGCUGAGCCUGGAGAUUCUGAUCCGGAUGUUUAAAAAUUCCAGGGAACUGAGCCUCACAAUGACCAAAACAGAGAGCCACCACCUCUUCUCCAACAUCGCGGAUGUUUAUGAAGCAAGCAAAAAGUUCUUCGAGGAACUCGAGGCAAGGCACCAGAACAACAUUUUCAUCGAUGACAUCAGCGAUGUCGUGGCGAGGCACGCGGGCUCCACCUUCGACCCCUACGUGAAGUACUGCAGCAACGAGGUGUACCAGCAGCGCACCCUGCAGAGACUGCUAGCCACAAAUCCAGCGUUCAAGGAGGUGCUGUCCCGGAUCGAGUCCCACGAGGAUUGCAGGAAUCUGCCCAUGAUCUCCUUCCUCAUCCUCCCCAUGCAGAGAGUCACUCGUCUCCCCUUACUGAUGGAUACUAUUUGCCAGAAAACCCCCAAGGAUUCAGCAAAAUACGAGAACUGCAAGCAGGCUCUGAAAGAAGUCAGCAAGCUCGUGCGUCUGUGCAACGAGGGCGCCCGCAAGAUGGAGAGGACGGAGAUGAUGUACACUAUAAACUCCCAGCUGGAAUUCAAAAUCAAGCCAUUUCCAUUGGUAUCCUCUUCACGGUGGUUGGUGAAGAGGGGUGAAUUAACAGCAUAUGUAGAAGACACUGGACUUUUUUCCAAAAGAACCUCUAAGCAGCAGGUGUACUUCUUCCUCUUCAAUGACGUCCUCAUCAUCACCAAGAAGAAGAGCGAGGAGAGUUACAAUGUCACCGAGUACUCGCUGCGGGAGCAGCUGCUGGUGGUGCCGUGUGAUGGGGAGGAGCCCUGCCCCUCUCCCGGCAAGAACGCGGCCGGGAUGCUGCACUCGGGCAGGAAUUCUGCAUCCCACCUCUUCAGGCUCGUGCUGCUCAGCAACCACGCCGGGGACAGGGUGGAGAUGCUCCUGGGAGCAGAGACUCAGAGCGACAGAGCCCGCUGGGUCACGGCGCUGGGCCAGGACGGCGACGGGCACCCCAGGGACAGGACCACGCUGGCUCAGGUGGAGAUCAUCAGGACCUACACAGCCAAGCAGGCCGAUGAGCUCUCGCUCCAAGUCGCUGAUGUCGUUCUGGUUUAUCAAAAAGUGAAUGAUGGCUGGUACGAGGGGGAGCGGCUGCGGGACGGCCAGCGGGGCUGGUUCCCCUCGGAGUGUGCCAAGGAGAUCACCUGCAGGGCCACCCUGGACAAGAACAUGGAGCGCAUGGGGCGCCUGCUGGGGCUGGAAACCAACGUGUAG